AUAGAAGAAGGAACCGAGAGGAGGAACAGUGUAAGCAGAAAUGACAGAACCCUCAUGCAUUGAGAAAUCCCCAAUUCCAAAACCCUCAUCGGAACCACUCCAAAUGGAGAUCGACCAUCCUUCCGCCGCCCAAAUCCCGGAGAUUUCUCAGUACGAGCAGUCCAGAGAGUUGAGAAUCAGAGAAAACAUGGAGCGCAUGCAGAAGCUCGGGAUCCUUGACCUCUCUCUCAAGCUCAAAUCCUCAGCUCCCUCAAAGCAAAAUCGCCGGAAAUCACCUACCCCUAAACCUUCUCCACCUUCCUUCGACCUCCCUCCAGCCGGACCCCUCCGACGAUCAUCCAGGUUACAGAAUGCGACGCCUGUAACUUACUCUGAACUGCGAAUAGAGAGGAAAAACAAGUUCUCUGAGGAUGAGGAUGCGAUUCUUGAAGAUGGUUCGAGACCGGAGAUAUACACGGAAGAGCAUGAGAAGAUGUUGGGUUGUACAGAGAUGAGUUGGACGCUAUUUGUGGAUGGUUAUGGUAAAGAUGGGAAACGAAUUUAUGAUCCAGUAAAGGGAAAGACUUGCCAUCAGUGCAGGCAAAAAACAUUGGGGCAUCGUACUCAUUGCAGCAAAUGUAACAUGGUUCAAGGACAAUUUUGUGGUGACUGUCUGUAUAUGAGGUACGGAGAGCACGUUCUUGAAGCCCAACAAAACCCAGAUUGGAUUUGUCCCGUUUGUCGUGGAAUUUGCAACUGCAGUUUCUGUCGCCAAGGGAAAGGAUGGUUUCCUACUGGGCCUUUGUAUAAGAAGAUAACGAGGAUGGGAUUCAAGUCUGUUGCGCACUUUCUCAUCCAAACCAAACGCUCACAGCCAAGUUCAAAGGAGAAUCCUACUGAUCUUGCUUCUGCGAAGAGGUCGCUGUCCUUCACAGAUUUUGAAGUUAAUCCUGAUGACCCUCCUAAGGUUAAUGAUGAUCUCCUAGAAACAAUGGAGCCUCAAGCAGUGGAUGUAUCUGAAAAUGAGAAGAAGAGUAUGCUACAGAGUAUCUCCAAUAACGAGAUCAAAGAUCAUAUUUCUGUUAAGAGGUCGCUGAGCUUCUCAGGCCUGGAGCAGGAGCAGCAGGGCUCAAAAGACGCUAAACCUCCUAAUCAUCUCAACCAUGAUGAACUAUCACAACAUCAAUGUGCAAACAAUGAACUUGGUGAAAACAUCAUUGAUGAGAAAGAGAAGGCUGAUUGCCGCAAGAGAAAGAAUGGUGAUAACUACUGUCGUGAUGAAUGUUCAUUGACUGAAAAGAAACCAACAAUUACUGUAGAAUCAAACACCAUGGAUCUGGGUUGUCGUAUAGGCAAUGAUCACGAGAAAGAAUUGUCAGGAGUUCAAACAACAACAUCAUCAACAGACCAAAGUGUGAAGCCUGAUAUUAGUACCCACACAAACUCAGAAAGUAUAGCUGAAGAACGUAGCCAAGAAGGCAGAAUCAUUCAAGAAAAUAAUGGUAAAACAUCAGAAGAAGAAGAAGAAGGAUCAAACAGUUCGUCAAAGGAAAAAACAAAGGCCGGAGCAAAAAUAUUUCAACCUCUUCAGAGGUAAAAUCUUCAAGUAGCAAUAGGGCUUUGCGGUCUAGGUUCAAAGCAAUAUAGUGCUAAAUUAUGUGUUUUAGUUUUGACACCGAAGUUUUGAGGGUAGUAACUUUUUGGGAACUCAGAAACUUGGUGUCUUUAAUCUAGAGAAGCAAGGAGUAGUGUGUGAUUUGGUAAGUUCAAUAGUUUUUUUUCUUUGGAUCUUACUGUAUUUUGGUUUAAGUUUACAAAUCACAGCUCCUACAGUUGAACCCGUCCUUUGAAUCUGAUAGUUUGUAACGUGGCAAGAAUGUAAAACAAUUUACCUCAAAUUUUCAGAUGAAAUGUUGCCAUUUCUCAAUGAGAAUACUAUCAGAUUGAAACAUAUUCCUUA